GUAAUUGAAGCUAAUGCAAGAGCUUUCGCUGUUGAAGCACAAGCAAGAGCUGGAGCUGGAUUAAAAGAUUUAGGUGCCCGUGCAGGUUAGAAGUCUCAUAUCCACUUCCACAGUUUUUCACUCCACCUUGGUUGUGAGACAAUUCACACAGCUAAAAUGGCAGCCGAUGUGUGGAAAACAACACGCUAUAUCCUUGCUUGUUUCAGUUUUCAAGCAAAAUAACCUCAUCAUAGAAAGACUUAAUGUUGAGCACUAUCGCUAAAAGUCAUACUGUAGCUGUUUAAGUGGACGGACAACAAUCGCAAAGUAUAAAUGUUUUAACUAUACCAUGAAUUUGAAAUAUCUCACUGAUUGCAAACUGAGUGUAAAUGCACGCGGUAUCGCUGACAACAUCGAAACUGAUUUCGCCCUUUCCCGAAAUCAAUCAAAUCGCAGUGUUUUCAGAAUUUCGUCAGCUUGUGCACUGAGAAAAAAUUAUACGGAAUUCGUUCGUUUGAAUUCCUUGGACACAACUUGAUUCCACGAGAACCGCAAAUAAAUCAUUUUGGGAUUUUUACCAUUGGAAACCAUUAUUAUUUAUUUAUUUAUUUAUUCAUCGAUUCAUCGGUUAAUUGAUUUACUUUUUGAAACGAAUAACGAAUAUGUCCACGAUAUCAACCUUGGAUAGUUCGUGGGUGCAAAUCAAGGUCUUUAAAGUUCUUACCCAAUCUAUGAAAAAGCGACAGGUCCCUUAGCUCAAUUGCAGCGUGAUCACACUUCCCGACAAAACGCGCCACUUUUGCUUCAACUCACACAUAAAACUGGUCCACAAGUCGCCGACCGUCAUGCUUCCCUGAAGCUCGGAUAAACUGUUCUUUGGAGAUUCUGCUACGUAACGACGUGAUGUACUGACUAAGAUGGGAUUAACUGAAGCAUGAUUUUAUAGAUGCUAGCAGUAUUACAAAUGAAACAUCUUUAGCUGGGAAGAAUGAAUGUAAGACUACACAAAAAUUGCCUACUUUCACGAUGUCAUCAUGUCAAGAUGGCGCCAAAAAGGUAGUCAACUGGUACCUUUUGGUAUCACACGUUUCAAUCCUCCCCAAACACUUACAGAUUAGCAUACGUUCUCCAAAAGCCUAACGCAAUAAUUUUAUCCGGUCUGUCCCAACCAAUGCGGCGGCAGAAACCGUGGAAGGGUGUAUUUUUCUUGCGAUUAGUACUCACAAGUUACGUUUCCAUUUGUGUCUUAGAAGCUUCAGCAGUUCUUGCUAAAGUAGAGGCUGGAAUAACCCAUGUUCCAUUUGCUCAAGUUAGUGCUUCGGGCCCAGGAGCAAAUGCAGAGACUGGUGUUUCCUGGAAAUACACCGGCGCAAGCGCAGGGGCAUAUGCUGGAGAAGCAAGGGCAGGCCCAUUUGCUGCUAGAGCUGGAGUUAAAUUUUGGGUCGAAAUUAGAAAUGGUGUUCCUGAAGUUGAUUUAGGACCAGUUUCCUGUUCGGUAAUGUAA